GGAACUUCCGUCAGUCUGUUCCAGACUUCAGGAGACAUGUUAUCCAGCUACCUUAUGCUGGAGGCUGGAGCCUGCGGCUCGCCAGUUGCUGCUGUUGGUGGUAACCAUGGAGUCGUAGGCUGGAGAGAUGGUGUCAAGAACCUGGAAACUGUCUGAGGCUGAGGUCUCACUGGCAUCCGGAGACCCUCCUGAGCUCUCCAGGAAUGCAGUGCCAUGCAGUCGUUACUCUCUGACCUUUGUCUACACUGGGCUGUCCAAGCCUGUUGAAGAAAUUCCCGAGUUUCAGGCCUUUGGCUUCCUCAAUGACCUUUCCUUCUUUGACUACAACAGUGAAGACAGGAAGUCACAGCCCCUGGGACCCUGGAGACAGGUAGAAGGAAUGGAGCAUUGAGAGCAGGACAGCCAACUUCAGAAGGCUGGAGAGGACACCUUCAUGGAGACCCUGAACAACAUCAUGGAGUAUUACAAUGACGACAGAGUUUCUCUGCCAACAGACUGGAGUGCAGUGGCACAUUCUCAGCUCAUUGGAACCUCCACCUACCAGAUUCAAGCAGUUCUCCUGCCUCAGCCUCCUGAAAAGCUGGGACUACAGAGUUCCAGUUCUUCUCUUCACUGCUCUGCAUCCUGUUCCUACAGGCCAAGCCUCUGUGGCCCUGUGUCCUGCAGGUAUUCCCAGAUUUAUGGCUAAAAGACCGGGACCCCUUGGAAGCCGAGAAAUGGAACUGUUGGCAUUCAGAGAUGUAGCCAUAGAAUUCUCUUUGGAAGAGUGGCAAUACCUGGAUUGUGCUCAGCAGAAUUUAUAUAGAGAUGUGAUGUUAGAGAACUACAGAAACCUGGUCUCCCUGGACUUGAUCACCUACCUGGAGCAAAAAGAGCCCUGGAAUAUAAAGAGAAAUGAGAUGGUAGCCAAACACCCAGUUAUGUAUACAUAUUUUACCCAAGACCUUCAGCCAUAUAAAGGCAUAAAAGAUUCACUCCAAAAAGUAAUACCAAGAAGAUACCGAAAAAGAAAUACCAUGAAGAUAUGUGGACAUGAGAAUUUACAAUUUAAAAAAUGCAAUGAAAGUGUGGGUGAGUGUGAGAUGCACAAAAGAAGUUAUAAUGAAGUUAACCAAUGUUUGUCAACUACACAUAACAAAAUAUUUCAGACUCAUAAAUGUGUCAAAAUCUUUGGUAAAUUUUCAAAUUCCAAUAGACAUAAGACAAGACAUACUGGAAGGAAACAUUUCAAAUCUAAAAACUAUGGCCAGUCAUUUUGCAUGCUUUCACACCUAAAUAAACAUCAGAUAAUUCAUACUAGAGAGAAUGCCUACAAAUGUGAGGAAUGUGGCAAAGCUUUUAGCUGGUCCUCAGCCCUCACUAAACAUAAAGGAAUUCAUACUGGAGAGAAAGACUACAUAUGUGAAGAAUGUGGCAGAGCCUUUAACCCAUCCUCAAACCUCGCUAACCACAAGAGAGUUCAUACAGGAGAGAGACGCUACACAUGUGAGGAAUGUGGCAAAGCCUUUAGCCAGUCCUCAAACCUCAUUAACCACAAGAGAGUUCAUACUGGAGAGAGACCCUACACAUGUGAAGAAUGUGGCAAAGCUUUUAGCUUAUCCUCAAACCUCACUUACCACAAGAGAAUUCACACUGGAGAGAAACCCUACACAUGUGAAGAAUGUGGCAGAGCCUUUAGCCGCUCCACAACCUUUACUAACCACAAGAGAAUUCAUACUGGAGAGAGACCUUACACAUGUGAAGAAUGUGGCAAAGCUUUUAGCUUAUCCUCAAACCUCACUUACCACAAGAGAAUUCAUACUGGAGAGAAACCCUACACAUGUGAAGAAUGUGGCAGAGCCUUUAGCCGCUCCACAACCUUUACUAACCACAAGAGAAUUCAUACUGGAGAGAGAUCUUACACAUGUGAAGAAUGUGGCAAAACCUUUAACUGUUCCUCAACCCUUAAGAAAUAUAAGAUGAUUCAUACUGGAUGCAAAGCCUACAAAUGUGAAGAAUCUAGAAAAGCCUUUACCUUCUCCUCAAUUCUUAAUACUCAUAAGAGGAUUCAUACUGAAAAACCCUAUAAAUGUGAAGAAUGUCACAAAGCUUUUAAGUGGCCCGCAGAUCUUGCUAACCAUAAGAUAACUCAUACUGGAGAGAAACCCAGUGAAUAAUGUGGCAAAGUCCAACUCUCGGGCCUUAUAAUACAUAAAAUAAUUUACACUGGAAAAAAUCACUGCAAGUCUGGAGAAUAUGGGCAAGCCUUUAACCAGUUCCAAACCUUUAUUGUGUAUAAGAGAAUUCAGCUUCGACAAAAAUCAUAUAAAAAAAGGAACAAAGCCUUUAAUCAGCUCUCAAACUUAAAGGAAUCUAAGAGAAUUUAUUUUUUAAAAAUUCUUUUAGAUGGAGUCUCACUUUGUCACCCAGGCUGGGGUGGCACAAUCUCAGCUCACUGCAACUUCUGUCUCAUGGGUUAAAGCAAUACUCCUGCCUCAGCCCCCUGAGUAGCUGGGAUAUCAGGCAUGUACCACCACACUGGCUGAUUUUUGCAUUUGUAGUAGCCAAAUACAAAAAUUGUGGGAAAGAAAUAUGGCAAAACAUCUAACUGGUUCUCCAUCUGUAUUAAUUAAAAAAUGUUUUACUGGAGAGAAAUUACAUACAUAAAAAAUGUGAUAGACCAUUUAAACACACCUCAAACUUUUGUAAAAAAGAGAAAUUAUAUUCGGAGAAACUCUAGAAAUGUGUCAAAUAUGGCAAGGCCUUUAAAUGGUAGUCAAACAUUAUCAUAGGUAAGAUAAUUUACACUGAAGAAAACUCCUAUGAAUAUGAAGAAUGUUGCAAAACUUUUAAUAAAUUGUCACACCUUAUUGCACAGGAAAGCAUUUAUACUAGAGAAACAUUGUACAAAUGAAAGAAUGUGAAAAGUCAUCAAUAUCUGCUCACAUCUUAAUAGCAGGAAGUUUGUGCUGAAUAAAAGCACUGUAGGCCAGGCGUGGUGGCUCACACCUGUAAUCCUGGCACUUUGAGAGGUCAAGACAGGUUGAUCACAAGGUCAGGAGUACAAGAUCAGUCUGUUCAACAUGGUAAAACCCCAUCUCUACUAAAAAUACAAAAAUAAGUGGGUUGUGGUGGCAUGCACCUGUAAUCCCAGUUACCAGGGAGGCUGAGGCAGGAGCAUUGCUUGAAUUUGGCAGGUGGAGGUUGCAGCGAGCCAAGAUUGAGCCACUACAUUGUAGCCUGGGUGACAGAGUAAGACUCCAUCUCAGGGGAAAAAAAAACAUUAGAAAUAUAAUUACUGUAAAAUGAACUUUCAGAAAAUGUAGGUCUUUAAUAAUUGUUUACUCUGAGGACAGACAUUACAAACAGAGGAUUGUAGUGUCUUUACUUGUAUUACAGAUUUUAUUGUACAUAUUUUACAUUAAAGGAAAACCCCAAAGAAGAUUCUCAAACUUUGUCAAACAUCAGGGAAUUUAUACUUGAGAGAAAGCUGAAAAAUGUAAAAAUCUAACGAAUGUGAACAAAUUGUAAUUUGUUCAAAAACUACAGUUUAGAAAACACCUAUUAAUAUAUUUCUGCAGUUGCAGUGAAUGGCGAAAAUAUAUUUAAUCAAAAAUAAGUCUAUAUAUACCUUUGAGGAUUCACAGCAGAAAGAAUGAAGACUCGGCAACUUCAGACAUUACACUAAACCAGUGUUGAGGAUAAAAAGGACCCAAAGCUAACACUAUAUAUAUAUAUUUUAAAGAGGCAGAAUUUUUUGGAGAUUUAUAAUAUUCAAGUUAUGUUUCUUUUUCUGUAAAAUACAGAUUUUCUAAAAAGCAAAUAAUAUUGUAACUCAAGUUACUUAAUGUUGAUUCUUCCCAUUGUUUAUGUAAAAGUAUUUGAUUAAUUGCAUUAGAGAUAUGAGAGAUUGUUUUCUAUAGAAGACAUGAACUUUUCUAUAGAAGAAUAAGGACAUUAAGUUGUAAGAUGCAUAAUGAAAACCUAAAUGGAAGGGCUCUUUGUGGUUGACUUACAACAUUGUUUUAGUGAUGGAUAAGGUGGGUGUUCAGAGUAGUAGUCUGAAUUCUAGUGAAAGAAAAAACUUAAUAUUAGUAGUAAAUUAUUUUAUCAAUUGUACCUGUAGGUAAUAAAAUGCAAUACAUUUAAAGUUUUUUAAAGAUUAUGUGUGAAUUCAAUUUUUCAUUAAACAAAGUUGUUUUUAAUGUGUUAAAACUAUUGCACUUUGAAUGAACUGUUAAUUUGCCAUGAACUUUAAUGUGUUCCAUCUUACUUGAGGUUCUAAGUAAAAGAUGGUAGCGAUAUACUGUUUGUUAAUGUAGGGGAAUGACAUCUCUAGUAAGCUCUUUUUUUUGCCAAUUUAUUUAUUUAUUUAUUUUUUUGAGACAGAGUUUCACUCUUGUUACCCAGGCUGGAGUGCAAUGGCACUAUCUCCGCUCACCACAACCUCCGCCUCCUGGGUUCAGGCAAUUCUCCUGCCUCAGCCUCCUGAGUAGCUGGAAUGACAGGCACGUGCCACCAUGCCCAGCUAAUUUUCUGUAUUUUUAGUAGAGAUGGGGUUUCACCAUGUUGACCAGGAUGGUCUCAAUCUCUUGACCUCGUGAUCCACCUGCCUCGGCCUCCCAAAGUGCUGAGAUUACAGGCUUGAGCCACUGCGUCUGGCCACCAGUUUUUUGUUUGUUUUGAGAUGGAGUCUUGCUCUGUUGCCCAGGCUGGAGUGCAGUGGCACGAUCUUGGCUCACUGCAACGUCCACCUCCUGGGUCCAAGCGAUUCUCCUACCUCAGCUUCCUAGGUAGCUGGGAUUACAGGCAUGUGCCAUCAUGCCCAGCUAAAUUUUGUAUUUUUAGUAGAAACAGGGUUUCACCAUGCUGUCCAGGCUGAUCUCAAACUCCUGACCUCAGGUGAUUCACCCACCUCAGAGUCCCAAAGUGCUGGGAUUACAGGAGUGAGCCACCAGGCCUGGCCUGCCAGUGUUUUUAAGUUGCAAAUAAUUUGAAGAAUUUUGUUCCCAUAGAUCAAAUUGUAUUCUUUUUUAACUUAUUUUUUUUGUGGGUAAAUAGUGUACAUACACACUUAGGGCAUAUAUGAGAUAUUUUAACAGGUAUACAAUAUUUAAUCAUCACAGCUGAGUAAAUUCAUCAUCUUGGGCAUGUACUUUUAUAUUACAAAGAAUCCCAUUAUAUACUUUUAGUUAUUUGAAUAUGUGCAAGUGAAUUAUUAGCUAUGGGGUCAUUUUUAUGGCCAUAAAAAUUACAUGGGUUAUAAUUAGUAUCCAUACGUUUUUGAGUCUUGAUUAAACAUUUUUAAACAUUUGUUUUAUAUAUUUUUUGUACAUGUGGCCUCUCUGCUGACAAAAACAAGA